AUGAGCUUCAUUCGACGUUAUGGUCCUUCCAUACUCAGGGGUGCAAAAUAUGCUUUCCAGUUUGGUUGCUUUGCUCAUGCAUUUAACCAAUAUGUAGCAGAAUUUACUUGGUGUAUUGGACCUUCCAUGUUACCCAACUUUGGCAUGUCAGGACUUGUAGCAGUAGAGCAUAUUACGCAUCGCUUUCGAGACUUAAAAGUGGGCGAUGUAGUAAUUUGCAUUUCACCUGCAAAACCAGGUCGUUGUGUUUUGAAGCGCGUGAUUGGUCUACCUGGCGAUAACAUCUGUGAAGAUCCAACUGUAAAAGACAGAAAAUAUAUCAAUGUACCACAAGGGCAUGUUUGGGUAGGAGGUGACAAUCUAAGUAAUUCAACUGAUUCCAGAUCCUAUGGUCCAGUUUCAUUAGGCCUUGUCAAAGGAAGAGUGUUUGCAAAAGUGAUUAACAUGUUACAUGAAUAG